AUGAAUUCAAAGCUAUCCUCCGAUUUCGAUUCAAACAACUGUGUUCCUAACAGCAUCCACAAAUAUCAAUGUAUCACGUGCCGUUGUACAGAAAAUGGUUAUUUUUUAACACAAAGCUGCGUUAAUUCCUGUAGCCGUACUCGGAGAAUAAACAUUUUUAAAUGUAUCCCGGGAAAGCUCUAUAAAAAUCAAUGCAAUAUCUGUUAUUGUCCGGAAAACAGCGAACGAAAUGAAAAUCUGUGCACUAAAUCUAUUUGUAACAGUUACGAUAAUACCCAACCUCUGGAUGUGUUAAGGACGAAUACAGCAAAAUGCGAACCACUACGUUUCACCGAGCCAAGGUGCUUAUACUGUGAAUACAAUUCAAAAGGGAUUAAUACCUCUACAUGCUUUGAGCAGAAAUGCGUCAACAUCGAAGACAUGGAAGAUAAUUCAGAAAGUCAUACUGUUGAGCAAAUAGCAAUUAUUUGUUCGCAAUGUUUCUGCCCAAGAAACGGAUAUAUCAACGAAAGGUAUUGCACUAAAAAUUGCUCAUCGAAAACCAGACGCAUUAUGUUCGAAAAGUUUUUAAGAGAUGACAAUCACGCAGUCGUUCAAGUCUUUAACCAACAAAAAGGCUCUUCGAUGGAAACAUGUCGAUCCAAUUAUUUUUAUCGCGACCAAAAUCAGACCUGUUUGUGUCCAGAUAAUGGAAAAAUUAAUAAAGAAUUAUGCUUAUUUAUUACAGAGCAGACGAAAGAAAACGAUACAAAUGCUACCGGACCAGGUACGAAAACCGGUGAAAUCGAUUUUGAUAUUAACUGCGAAUCGAAUACGUUCAUCACUUAUGAUUGUAACAUAUGCUACUGCAACAAAACGGGGAAGCUGGACCCGAAAUGGUGUACAUACGAUGAUUGCGAAACAAAAAAAAACUUACAGGAAUCCCAGAAAACGAAACCAGCACAUUUAGAACCAAACGAUUAUAGCUGCAACAAAAGCGGUAACUUAAGUCUGGAAUCGUGUACAACCCACAAUGGCUCUAACAUAACAACUGCUCAAGAUUUCGGUGUUCACGACCCGUCAUUGCCUUCACCGAACGCAACCUGUGAGCCUGGUAGCCUAACAAAAGUGAGAUGCAACUUGUGCAUUUGUCCGAAGAGUGGGCUAGAAAUGGAUCGGGUCUGCACAAACAAUAAUUGCUCGGAAAACGUCGACGAAACCGCAAAAGCGAAUAACUAUGAUGAAAUACAUUGUGAACCGCUCGCUUACUACACGGUCGAUUGUAACGUUUGUUUUUGCCCUAAAGAGGGUAUAAAGAACUUGGCUAAAUGCACGAAUAACAUAUGCGAGAAACGCUACCUUCGAUCUUCAAGCUGCAAUCCAGGGGAGCUGUUUAGUGAGAGCUGCAAUAUAUGCAUAUGCCCAAGAAAUGGUGAUUUGCUUGGACGAGUCUGUACGGAUCGAGAUUGUAAUGAUCAUGUGGCCCGAUCGAUGCUGUUCCAACUGUCCCAGGGUUUGUUACCGGAACUCAAUGAGACCCACUCCUUGGAUAUCUGCUUCCCGGGCGAAGAGUUCGUUGUGGGUUGCAAUUUGUGCGUGUGUCCCGAUAUGGGAUUGAGGGCUUAUUCGAUUUGCACGCCGAUGUUUUGUGAUGAGAGGAAUCAUGCUAUUCAGGUAUCUUCUACUUUUAACUGUUCUAUAAGUAAAACAAAGUUGUCGCUUGAAUAA